CUGCAUACUGAAGCUCUAGGGUAAGCCAUCAUCCCUGUGCUUCUGGUUGCCGGGGUUGCACAAGUAAACAGGGCUCUCGAUGGAACAAAUAACCGACCUCAACGCACAAACCAGUGAAUCUUUCGUGAUGGAGAGUCCCUGCAUCUCCUUGAUCUCCCCUUGGUCAAAACCCGAUCUUGGCGUCUCUGUUAGGCAAUCAGAAUACAGAGUAUCAGCUGGCCCAUGUCAGAAGUAACACGGAAAAAUUGCCUUGAUGUUAGGGGCUGCUGGGCAACAGGCGACUCUUGGCCUGACGUUGAAUCUUUUUUAUCAGGGUUGCUCGUAGCGGUCAACUUCUCAGAAACUGAUAAACUCCAACUUGCCUAUCGUGCUUAUUGAUCCUCAUCCGCUCGUACUCUUAACACCACGCAUAACGUAGUAUUACAGCACCACUCUACGACCGAGAAUGCCUUCGCUCAAGACGUUGUUCGCCUCAGCCAUUUUGGCUUACCUGGCCAGCGCCAAGACUAUUAAAAUCACAGCUACCAGCGACGACAAGUUCGACCCUGAGGAGGUUGAGGCUGAGAAGGGUGAUGUCCUCGAAUUCCACUUCGAGCCCAAGAACCACAGCGUCGUUGCUGGCGAUUACCGAUACCCUUGCUCUCCUCUCGAUAUGGGCACUGGCUUCUUCUCCGGUUUCUUUCCCACUGACAAUGGAUCUGCCGACAAGAUAUUCAAGGUCACCGUCAAUGACACUGACCCUACGCCUUUCUAUUCCUCCCAGGGCAAAGAAUGCGCCUCGGGUAUGGUCGGUAUCAUCAACGCCGACUCCAACAAGACUCUCUCCGACUACAAGAAGCGUGCAUCGGAGCUAAGCUCUGGAGUCAACCCUGGCAAGAAGCCAUUUGGUGGCGAGUUGGUGGACGCUGAUGACGCCGAUUCAGAUAGCGACAGCAGCUCCGGAAAGUCCAAGGAUGGUAAGAACGACGACAAUGCUGCUGGCGUCCUUGGUGCUCCUCUCGCUGGUCUGGUCGCUGUCGUUGGUCUUGCUGUUAUUAUGGCCUAGGCAGAGAAGUCGAUGGCAUGUUUGGAGAGAUGCGACAUGAUAUCCACGGAAUCGUCUGGGAACUGUGUUUAAAACAGCGGGAGUAAUUUGAAUAUAUUAUUU